GUAAGCUUAUAAGAACCAUUGUGUCCUUGGAGGUUAAAUAACAGACAACUUCAUCUGGAUUUUCUCGCUUCAUCCAGACUCACUUCUCAAUUUUCAGUUUUCUCACAAAGCGUCGAGACUGACUUCCAACACCCCACCAGAUACGAUGGACAUAAUGGAUCAAUACUACUGGCAUUCUCAGCGCACUGACUCUCUGCCAUUGGAGUCACCCGAAAUCCCGAGAGCAGAAGGCAACGAUCCAUCCUUGCAACUACUCUACCCGCUGCAAAACCAAGUUAUAGAGCACCAGUUCUCCAAGCAAGCUAGAUCGCGGUUAUCUAUCAAUGAAAUAAACACUGGCGAUUUGAAACACGGUUUCACCUCACCCACUUCCACCAAGUCUGCAUCUCCAGAAAUGUAUUUCGAUCCUUCAGCAUUUUCCGACCGCCAGGAUUCAAACUCGGAUGGCAGUAGGUCAAACUUAAGCACUCAAGAGGACGGACAAAAGCUCGUCAACCGGCGCAUCCAGAAUCGCGCUGCACAGCGUCGAUUCCGCGAACGGAGAGAUGAGCAAAAUAAAAUCCUCCAGGCCAAGUUGAAUGAGUUACAGGAAGAGCAUCGGAAACUCUCAGACGAGUUGAGUCAAAAGUCGAAAGAAGUCGGCUCGUUGAAAACUGAAAACGAGGCGCUGAAGUCGGAGGUUGAGAACCUGCGCCAAAGAUGGCGGUCAAUACUUCUUCUCUUGAAGCGACCGAAGAGCUUACAGCUUUUGUCGAUGCUGGUUGGGGGCGAAGAGGAUCCGGAUGAUUCUGGGUCCGGCAUAAGCGAUUUAGAUCGUUACCUGCGAUGUUUGGAUGCUUUGACUUUGCCUAAUGAGAAGGCCUGAUUUGGACGGGUUGUUCUACAUGGAUUUUUUUGGAUUCUGGGCGUUUAAUUGAGCUGGGAGUUUCGGGUAAUAGACUUAACGGACUGAACUUAACGCUUAUCGAAUUUAGGGAGUGAAGACUACAGGUCCGUUUCUGCGUCUCAUAGGGUCUGGGUUGACCCACUAUCGAGGCUAGUAGGAUUAUCAUAUUUUA